AUGGCUCACAAAAUAGAUGAAGAGGUUAAACAAUGUCCGAUUUGUUAUGAUAAUUCUACUGUAAUUUUAUGGUAUUGCAAACAUCAAUUGUGUCAGAGUUGUUCCGAAACAUUGAUAAAAGGAAAACGAUUAUGUUGUCCACUUUGCAGAGCAAAAAUUUUGUCUUUUUCAGACAAGGAAUUGGGGUACGUACAAAGUACGAUUGUACCAAUAGAAUUUUUAGCUGCAGCUUACUAUCUAGAUGUGUGUAUUCAUUUAUAUUUUGUAAAUUAUGGUUGGUUAUUGUUCCGUAAAGGCUGGCCAGAUUAUGAUGAACUUAAUAUGGAAAAUGAGAAGUGUAUUUAUUUAUAUAUGUCGCACACACACGUGGGCGUUAUAUCUGAUGUAACAAAUCCAUAGAUUAUUCACUUAUAGUGUAAUGUCAUUUGUAUUAUUUUAUGAUAGUACAAUAAAAAAACGUUGUAAAUUA